CUGACUAGCCAAUCAGAGGCGGCGCUGCGGUGUCCCGCUCUAAAGCGCAUUAAUGGCGUCUCCUGCUGCAGCGCUGGGCAGCCAUGUGUGGCUGGGCGCCGAAACGGGCCUCCUGAAAGGAGUCAACCUACAAAAGAAGAAGGCCACAAACUAUAAGUUGGGAGAUGCAUCCGUCAGUCGCCAUGAAGCUGUCACUGCAAUGUGUUGGGGAGAUCUGUAUGAAUCUGAGAUAUUAGUGGGAUGCCUUGAUGGAUCGGUUAGACUGUUCAGUAUUGAGAAGGGCAGGUUUAUCGAGACACAAAACUGUCAAGGGGGCGAAGGAGCAUUUUGUGGCUUGUGUGUGCUUGACAGCUGCAGCUCCCUUGUCACCUGUGUAGAGUCUGGAUUGCUAAAAGUCUGGCGAGAUGUCUCCUCAGAAAAUGUUGAGAUUCAGGUAGGCUCUGGUGUCUGUCGCAUGCGCCAGAAUCCUGAACAUCCUCAUCAUGUGGCGACAGGUGGGAAAGAGAACUGUCUGAAGGUGUGGGACCUAUGCCAACCGCAGGAGCCCAUUUUCAAAGCAAAAAACGUACGAAAUGAUUGGCUUGAUCUGAGAGUACCUGUCUGGGAAAAGGACAUGCAGUUCCUACCUGGAUCAGAGAAAAUUGUUACCUGCACAGGUCACCACCAGGUCCGGCUCUAUGACCCCAGCUGCCCACAGCGCCGGCCUGUGUUGGAGGCUACAUUUGGCGAGUACCCACUCACUGCUCUUUCAUUGACUCCUGAUGCAAAUUCUGCUGUAGUUGGAAGUUCACGAGGGGAUGUGGCAGUCAUAGACCUUCGGCAGGGGCGGUUGCUGAAGUGCCUGAAGGGUUUUGCUGGGAGCGUCCGUGCCAUCCAGUGUCACCCUGUGCUCCCUCUGGUAGCUUCAUGUGGGUUGGACCGCUUCCUUCGUGUGCACAACCUCCACCACAAGCGCUUGGAGCAUAAGGUUUAUCUGAAAUCCCGAUUGAACUGCCUGCUGCUCAAUAGCCGGGAGAAAUGGGAGGAUGAAGCCCUUGACCCUUCUGCUGACCUAGAAAGUGAUGUGAAAGAGGAGGAAGAUGAAGUCGAUGAAAUUUGGAACUCCAUGGAGGUGGUGGUCGCCAAGCGGAAAGCAGAACCACAGCCAUCUUCUGAUAUGGAGUGCGGUCAGCAUCAAAAGUCCAAGGCCCCAAAGAAGCAGAAGAAAAUUAAAAAGGUUGACUCUUGAUAUCAGGAGCAAGAAAGGUGGAUGGAUGACCUCUGCCUUUUUAUUUCAGAGGAGGCAGAUGCAAAGCUACUGGAACCUUAACCUGGAUUCUUCCUACAGAAGAAGAAGCAAGGAAGGAUGCCCAGCUUCCUGCAGGACAGCCUUGUUGUGUGGGAGGGCUUUCAUCCACAGAGACUUGAGUUUGGCUCUUAGGCACCACAUGGUCCUCUUCCUCCAUCAUUGAAGCUUUGUACAAGAAGUUGAGGGAAGGAGAGGUGAAAUUCUUCAUUCUCUUCUCACUUUGACUGCUGUGCAGUUUAUCUAUUUAAUUUUUAAAACAUUUCUUUUAGAAAAUAUGCCACCCCAGAAAUAAUGCUCAAAGUACAGUAAAGAUACAGACUGAUUUGAGAGGUUGCUGCAUAUGGGGAAAUUGGUCACUAAUAUCCCAUUUUGCCACUGUGCGGAAAAGCUGAUGACUUUCUCUCAGAGAUCUCACUAAACUUUCUCUGUGCUGUGAAGAAUCAGACUACCAAGCCUUCCUUUGUCUUUAUUAUAAAUUCACUUUAAUUCUGUAUCCUUCCAAUUCUGUUAUCAUAAAAAACAUACAACAAUC